AUGGGUAUAAAUCGUGGUAGGCGUUGGCGUGAUCCAACGACGAUGCCAUUCGAUGCACCACUGCAAAGAUGGGAUCGAAGGCCGAUGAAUCGUCGUCGUCGUUUGUUAUCGGCGCGUGCUCGUCGCGAUUCUGUUAAGGGAAAUCUGGAACCGCCACAAUAUCGUGAUGGAGCUUACGAUGGUAAGGAAAUGAUGAUGAUGAUGGGUAAUGGCUUGGCAAAUAACGGCGCGUACCGAAGACGAGUCCGUAACUUCAGAGGUUCCCCCGUCGAUUUUUUUUAA